GGAUAUCGAUUGUUAUCUGUAUAGUCGUAGCCAGUUUACUAAAAUGUUUUUACAGAAAAUUAAAAAAUAUGUACGUAUAAAGUUAAAUAUGACGAAAGUGUUAUGGAAAAACAUAAUUAACACACAGCUUCUGACAGCCUAUAGCUGUCAAGUCUCAGAGGAACAGACGAAAGUUCAUAGAACUAAAAUAGUCCAGUGCGUUGCGAUUUGUUUGUUAAAUGAUGCUACAAAUAUAAUUAUAAUUUGGUUGAGUGUUUCAUUGAGUAAUAGCUUAGAAUUUGCUAUCAUGAAAGGAGUUUUACUAUUACUCGUGGCCUGCUGCAUAUAUUGCAAAGGAGCUGUUGUAGUUAGGACGAAUGACGUGCUAAAUGAACGUCCCAUAAUUGGUGUCCUGUCCCAAGAACAGUCAUUAUAUCUCCACACGAAAUUUCCUGAAGAAAAUUAUACAUGCUAUAUAGCAGCGUCUUACGUUAAGAGCGUUGAAGCAGCAGGGGCUAGAGUCGUGCCCAUUCUGAUCGGAAAGGAUCGCAGUUAUUAUGAUGAACUUAUGAGAAAAAUUAACGGUGUACUUCUACCAGGGGGUGCUACAUAUUUCAAUCAGUCCAACGGAUACGCGGACGCAGGACAAAUGAUCUACGAGAUUGCCAUGGAACUGAAUGACGCUGGCAAUUACUUUCCCAUUUUCGGAACUUGUUUGGGUUUCGAACUCCUUAUAAUUUUGGCCUCUGGUCGAGGUGAAAAGGAAAAUAGAAAUAGAUGUUAUUCCUAUCAAAAUGAUAAUUUAAAUUUUGAAGCAGAUUACAGAAGCAGUAAAAUGUUCAGAGGUGCGUCAGAAAAAGUUAUUGAUGUUUUGAAAAAUCAAAAUGUUACCGUCAACGCACACCAGUUCUGUAUAAUGGAUGAGAACCUAAAGGCCUAUAAUCUCACCGAAGACUGGAGGGUUACAUCUUAUAGCUACGACGAAAACGGAUUAGAAUUUAUUGCGUCCAUUGAGCAUAAAAAAUACCCCUUCUACGGAGUCCAGUUUCAUCCGGAAAAGAUAUCUUUCGAGUGGAAAUUAUCAAAGAACUACCCGCAUUCCUACGACUCCUUGGUUGCGAACCGUCACUUCAUGGAUUUUUUCGUUAAAGAAUGCAGAUACAAUUAUAAUUCAUUUUCUAAUGCGGCCGAAGAAAAUCAAUAUUUAAUAUACAACUAUUCACCAAAAUUUACAGGAGCUCUUGGGAGUGCUUACCAUCAAUGUUACCUUUUUGAACCUAGAGGCAGUGUUGCUAGUGUGAAAAAAUGAAAAAUAUAUAUUGUAAUAAUUUGUACGCAAAUUGAAAACAAAAGUAUUAGUCCAAUUAUAUCUUCGUGUUAUAUUUGUAUACAUAGCUUGAUAUUGUUAUUUUUUUUAAUGAAAUUUGUAUCUUAUUUUUUUUUAUAAACAAAUGAAAUGAGACAA